UUUAAUUUGCUAUUAAGGCAGAUACUAGCAAACGCUGUUCUCAGAGCAGUUACUGUGGCACUGCCUGGGUGCAGGUGACUCCUCGCUGCAUUCAAACAUGCUCUUUUCUUGACUGCCACGCAAGAAACUGUUGUUUUCACGGAGGGGUGUAAAACUCACGGAAGGCCCAGUUAGUGCAGCUGGCCUUCCACAGAGAACUUCUAGAAGAGCCCAAAUGACUGGAAAGAUAUUAUCGUCACACAGCUCUGUGCAGAUACUCGCCGCCUUCAGCUAUUUUAAUGGAUGACUAUGUUGAGAAAAAGCUACAGUCGUCUGAGGUCAGUGUUCUCCCUCAGCUGCCCGCCCUGGUUGUCUGUCUUCUUGUUAUGCAGCGCAGGUCUCUUGAGCACAGAAUUGAAAUGUGCGCGAGGGAUGCAGCUGACAUCUACUGGUCCGCAGACCAUUCAAAAGGCUGAGGGAGAGAGCGUGAUUUUGGGCUGCACUUACACACCGAGCCCUCUUGACACCGGAGAUCUUGACAUUGAAUGGUCUGUGGUCAGUCCAGACAGCACGCAGAAGGAUCAGAUGCUCAUGUCCUACAGCAGCGGCACUAGAUAUGUCCAUGGUAACCCUGCUCUUGCAAAGGAACUCAGCUUUGCUGCUCCUGACCCCUCAAUGGGUGACGCUUCGAUCUCAAUCUCAGUGCUGUCACCUGCUCAUAGUGCUACCUACCAGUGUAAAGUGAAGAAAUCACCUGGAGUGGACAUGCGCAAGGUUUCACUUGUGGUACUGGCGAAGCCGUCUGUGCCUAAGUGCUGGGUGGAGGGAGGGGAGCUGGUCGGCGAGGCUCUGUCUCUCCACUGCAAGUCUGCAAAAGGCUCCACUCCCUUAAAAUACACGUGGAGGAGAGAAAGUGCAGGCCCCAUCCCUGCUGCAGCCACGCAGAACAGCGUGACUGGCGAGCUAAAAAUCAGCAACCACUCUCAGAGCUUCGCAGGAUUUUACCUUUGUGAGGUGAACAAUGCUGUUGGAGCUGAACACUGCAGGAUCAACCUGAAAGCGAACAAACCCCCAAACAGAGCGGCGAUGAUUGUUGGCACCAUUGUGGGCUCUCUGCUCCUCAUCCUCAUCAUGCUGGUCUUCAUCGGACUUCUAUACUGGAAACUAAGCAACAGACUUCGCUUUGAGAAGGAGUUCUCCAAUGACAUCAGGGAGGACGCUCCGCCUCCUGAGAGCCGCCCGGUCAGUCGCCACACGAGCCGGAGCGCCAGUCAGCACCCGCAGGUUACUUACUGUCCGGUUGGCAGCGCCGAGGUGAGCUCUUUAAGUGACGGACACACACACACUCCCUCCAGCAACAGCCAUGGACAUACACCCCUCAAAUAUGCACCAGUGGAAUAUGACAGCAAGUACGGAUACGCAGUGUGAGAGUGAACAACAGAGCUGAAGUGAGACGCAUUUAGCUUUCACUGUGACGUUUCAGUAGACCCUUGAAGACCGUUUGGACACUUGAAACUGAAAUUUGGAACAGUGUACGUCUGCAAUGAGUCUAAUUAAUUG